CUGCGCGGGGGCGGGGACACGCUUCCUGGGCUGCGGGAGGCCGCAGAGGGUGCUUCGCGGGGCGCGGCGGGCCAUGGAGACCUUACGCAGAUCGCUGAUCGUGGGGGCCCUUCUGGGAGCGGGGGCUGGCGUGGGCUCCGCACUCUUUGUCCUCGUGAGCCCGGGAGAGCAGCAGAAGCAGGCGAUACUGAAGGAGAUGCCCGAGCAGGACCCACGGCGCAGGGACGAGGCGGCCAGGACCAAAGAAUUAGUGCUGGCCACUCUGCAGGAGGCAGCGGCCACGCAGGAAAACGUGGCUUGGAGGAAGAACUGGAUGGUUGGCGGCGGGAGGUCAGCGUGAGACUUUCCUCCCGCGCACGAGUCCGACGCGACCUUUCUCCGCAGGCCCGGCGGGGAGUCUGGACUGAGAUGCCGGGUCCAGGCCUCCCUGAGUCCUGGCAGCCGCUGCGGGGUGAGCACGUCCCUCCUCCGCCCCGACGCUGCUCUGACUGCGCUUGCACGUCCGACGCCCCGGCUUGGGGCGUCGGAUGUGGCGAACUGAAGGAACCAAUAAAUCACGUUCCUCCGUCUGGACAGUGA